GAAGUCUUUUUAAUUCAGAAUAAAAUCUUAAUUAAAUAUAAACAAUGGUAUGUGGUAAUAUACUAAGGAUACAGAAAAUUAUUCCAUGUAAAAUAUAAUGAAACAUUUAUGAGAUGAAAACAGAAUUGGUGUAGUAACCGGUUAGGACUCUGAGCGUCGCUGUUCACCAAAGUGGGAGAGACGCUGCCGCGUUGAGACCAGAGUCUCUGCUCCUUCCGCACUAAAUACCCACAGACCAGACAAGCUCCGGGGAAAAGGCGCCCACCCGCUUCCUUCCCAUUUCCACAAGCGAUUGUGUUCCCCUUGGCUUUAGGGAAAUAAGGAAACCGCAGGCAGGAACCAGGACUAAGAGGAAAUUGGGCAGAGAGAGGCAAUGGCGCAUCCACCGAGGGGCUGGGGCUGCAGAGAGCUGUUCCUGCUCUUCAAGCUCCUGGGAACGCUGUGGGGCCUCGGGGCCGGGCAGAUCCGCUACUCGGUGCCAGAGGAGCUGGACAAAGGCUCCCUCGUGGGCAACAUCGCCAAGGACCUGGGGCUGGAGCUUCGAGACCUGGCGGGGCGCGGAGUCCGCAUCGUCUCCAGAGGUAGGACGCAGCUCUUCGCUCUGAACGCGCGAAGCGGCAGCCUGGUCACCGCGGGCCGCAUAGACCGGGAGGAGCUCUGCGCUCAGAGCGCGCCGUGCCUGGUGAGUUUUAACAUCUUGGUGGAGAAUAAAAUGAAAAUUUAUGGCGUGGAAGUAGAAAUAAUCGAUAUUAAUGAUAACUUCCCGCGUUUCCGGGAUGAGGAAGUAGAAGUAAAAGUUAAUGAAAAUGCCGCUCUGGGAACGCGGUUGGUACUGCCCUUCGCUCGAGAUGCGGAUGUGGGAGUGAACUCUCUGCAGAGUUACCAGCUCAGCUCCAAUAUGCACUUCUCUCUGGACGAGAGAAGCGGAACAGAUGGACAGAAACACCCAGAGCUGGUACUGGAACAGCCCUUGGACCGAGAGAAAGUAGCUGUGCAUGACCUCCUGCUCACAGCUCUAGAUGGCGGAGACCCCAUGCUCUCUGGUACCACGCACAUCCGCGUGCUGGUCCUCGAUGCAAACGAUAACGCGCCCUCAUUCACUCAGUCCGAGUACAGGGCGAGUGUCCCGGAGAACAUAGCUGUCGGCACUCGGCUGCUGACACUAACCGCCACGGAUCCAGAUGAGGGAAUAAAUGGGAAACUGACCUACUCCUUUCGCAAUGAAGAGGACAAAAUUUCACAGACUUUCCACCUUGAUCCCCACCUGGGUGAAAUCUCAACUGUGCAACCACUGGAUUACGAAGAAUCCAAAUUUUAUCUCAUGGAAGUGGUAGCUCAGGAUGGAGGUGCUCUUCUUGCCAGUGCUAAGGUACUGAUCACAGUACAGGAUGUGAAUGACAAUGCACCUGAGGUGACCCUCACCUCUCUGGCUAGUUCUGUUUCUGAAGACUGUCUUCCUGGAACCAUCAUUGCUCUGUUUAGCGUACACGAUGCUGAUUCUGGAGAGAAUGGUGAAAUUGCAUGUUCCAUUCCCGGGAACUUGCCUUUUAAAUUGGAAAAGUCAGUUGAUAAUUACUAUCACUUACUGACAACAAGAGCACUGGACAGAGAAGAGAUCUCCGAUUAUAACAUCACACUAACUGUCACUGACUGUGGAAACCCACCCCUGUCCACAGAAAACCACAUCUCCCUGAAAGUGGCAGAUAUCAAUGACAACCCUCCUGUGUUCUCUCACACUUCAUACCACAACUACCUCCCAGAAAACAACCCCAGAGGCAUCUCCAUCUUCUCCGUGAGUGCCCACGAUCCGGACAGUGGCAGCAAUGCCCAGGUCACUUACUCCCUGGCUGAUGACAAAUAUCAAGGAGUGCCUCUAUCAACCUAUGUCUCCAUCAACUCUGAUACUGGAGUCAUGUACGCACUGUGCUCUUUCGACUAUGAGCAGGUUAGAGACCUGCAGCUGUGGGUGACAGCCAGCGACAGUGGAGACCCUCCACUCAGCAGCAACGUGUCUCUGAGCCUCUUCAUCCUGGACCAGAAUGACAAUACUCCUGAAAUCCUGUACCCCGCCCUCCCCACGGAUGGCUCCACGGGUGUAGAGCUGGCACCCCGCUCCGCAGAGCCCGGCUACCUGGUGACCAAGGUGGUGGCGGUGGACAGAGACUCGGGCCAGAACGCCUGGCUGUCCUACCGCCUGCUCAAGGCCAGCGAGCCCGGGCUCUUCGCGGUGGGGCUGCACACGGGCGAGGUGCGCACAGCGCGGGCCCUGCUGGACAGAGACGCCCUCAAGCAGAGCCUGGUGGUGGCGGUCCAGGACCACGGCCAGCCCCCUCUCUCGGCCACCGUCACGCUCACCGUGGCAGUGGCAGACAGCAUCCCCGACGUCCUGGCUGACCUGGAUAGCCUCGAAUCUCCUGCCAGCCCCGAUGACUCGGGCCUCACGCUUUACCUGGUGGUGGCGGUGGCGGCGGUCUCCUGUGUCUUCCUGGCCUUUGUCAUCGUGCUGCUGGCGCUCAGGCUGAGGCGCUGGCACCUGUCGCGUGUGCUGCAGGCGUCAGGAGGCGGACUGGGUGGCGUGCCCGCGUCCCACUUCGUGGGCGUGGACGGGGUGCGGGCUUUCCUGCAGACCUAUUCGCACGAGGUGUCGCUCACCGCGGACUCGCGGGGGAGCCACGUGAUCUUCCCGCAGCCCAACUAUGCGGACACGCUCAUCAGCCAGGAGAGCUGUGGGAAAAGCGAGCCUCUUCUGAUACCUGAGAAGAUAAAUGCAAAGGAAGAACUAGGAGUUGUUCAGUUCUACUAAGGUAUAUAGGGACGAUAUUUUGGCCACCGUAUGAAAAUGGAAACUAAAAGCACAGCGAUGCCAAUAAACAUCUUCAUGGAGAUGCCUCUGGCUUUGACGAGUUAAAAAUCACUUGAUUUGGACGCAUAAAGGUCAAGUGCAAAGAAAUGACAGCGAGAAUGAAAAUAUGGCAAAUAUUUUUUUUUAAAUCCUUGUAAAAUGGGAAGAAUGCGUUGUCUGUAUCCGGAAACUCUAGGAUUGAGUCCUAGCCGGCUCUGCGUUUGGAGCUGCUUUAGGACUCACCAAUGCAGUUCUGCAGCCCGGCGCGGGGUGCCGCUGUUGGCUCGUACUGAGCAAAGUUCUCAGCUCCUCCCGACGCAGAAGGAUCGCCCGCGGACCGCAGAAUCACAACUGUGCGCUUUCCCUGGCUUUCUGCGGCCGAAAUAUCCAUCGGAGAGUCUGCGUGCCAAGACAUACCAAGGAACCACGCCUGCUCAGAAAUUCUUGGGAUCGUUCAGAGAUCGCAGCUCUUCGGAAUCAGAAAGGCAAAAGCUCCGAGAGGGA